AUGGGGCAAACGGCAUCCAAAGAAACUUCUAGUAUUAAUAAAAAUUAUUCAAAAAGAGGUAGAUGUAAAAGUAGUGAUGGAAAAUUUAAGAAUCAUGUUCAUAUAAAAAAUAUUGGUUCUCCUGAAGAUAAUCAUUGUAUUAUAAAUAAUGAUCCAUAUGGUAGAAGAAUAUCAAAUACCUCAUCAGACAAUUCAUCAAAUGCUAUUGAAAUAAAAUUUAAUAGUAUUAUAAAAAAAAAUUCAUCAAAAGAAUUUUUAACAACACAUCAACGUGCACUUUUAGUAAAAUCUUGGAAUAAAUCCCAAAAAACUGGUCUUGAUAAUAUUGGUGCUAUGAUAUUUUUUAAAAUUUAUGUUAAUGAUAAUUCUGUUGGUAAAAUGUUUGGCCUUCAAGGAAUUCCUUUAUCUGAAUUAAAAUAUAAAAAAAUCUUUCAAAAUCAUGCUAUGACAUUUACUAGAUCAUUAGAUUUUUGUAUAUCCAAUUUGGAUAAUAUAGAUGUUCUUUGUAAAUAUUGUUAUAAUUUAGGUAGAAGGCAUGUUGCUUUUGCUAAAAGAGGUUUUAAAAUGUCAUAUUGGGAUACAUUUGCUGAAGCAUUAACUGAAUGUGCAAUAGAAUGGGAAGGAGGUUUUAGGUGUAGAGAUGUAUUACAAGGAUGGAGAAAAUUAAUAACUUUUAUUAUUGAUAACAUGAGAUAUGGUUAUAUUGAUGAAAAAAAAUCAGGUGGAACUGGUGAUAUAAGUGUUAUGGGAAAUAUGGUAAAUUAUCAUAAUCGUCAUUUACCAAAUAAAGAAUAUAUCACAACUGAUAUAGAGUAUAAGGAUGAAAGUAAUUUAGGAAAUGCUUAUAAUGAGGAGGAAUUUAAUUUAAGAAAUGAAACUUAUAUAAAUGAAAUAGAAGAAAAUAAUAUUGAAGAAUCAUCUUCCGGAUGUCCGAUGGCUCAUAUGAUGAUAGUAAUGAAUAAUGCCGAAAAAUUGUCAUUAAAUGAAGAGAGACUAAGUAACUUUGCUAAUACCUACCAAGGCAAUUUAUCUAUUCCAAGAUGUCAUAGAGUAAUUCGAAGAUCCAGUCCAAAUUAA